ACACACACACACACACACACACACACACACACACACACACACACAAACCAACCGGUGUGACCUUUCGUCUUUUUACGAUGGGAAGAGAUGACCGCACUGCUCUCCCAAAAUAAAAAGGUACUAAUAACACAACAAUCAAUCCGGAUCAAUCAACGAGGUUGAUUGAGGGGUCCACCUCAAGUCUCUAAACUGGAUCCUACUGCUUUAAUCGAUCAGCGGAUUUGAUUGAUCACCGUCAGACACUUAACACCCUCAAAGGGAGAAGAUGCCGUUCCACCAUGUGACGGCAGGCCUGCUCUACAAGGGGAACUACCUGAGCCGCUCGCUGUCGGACAGCGACAGCGAUGUGCUGGCCAGCAUCUCCGUGGAGGAGCUUCAUGAGAUCCGGGAGGCGUUUAAGGUGCUGGAUCGUGAUGGGAACGGGUUCAUUUCCAAACAGGAGCUGGGUAUGGCCAUGCGCUCUCUGGGCUACAUGCCUAGUGAGGUGGAGCUGGCCAUCAUCAUGCAGAGACUAGACAUGGAUGGUGAUGGACAAGUUGAUUUCGAGGAGUUUAUGACGAUCCUUGGACCCAAACUCCUGUCGUCUGAAACGAGAGAAGGCUUCCUGGGCAGCACAAUAGAUACCAUCUUCUGGCAGUUCGACAUGCAGAGAAUCACUCUGGAGGAGCUGAAACACAUCCUGUUUUACGCCUUCCGUGACCACCUCACCAUGAAGGACAUUGAGAACAUCAUCAUCAAUGAGGAAGAGAGCCUGAAGGAAAACUCUGGGAACUGUCAGACAGAGUUUGAGGGAGUUCACCCUUCAAAGAAGAACCGUCAGACGUGCGUGAGGAAGAGUCUCAUCUGCGCUUUUGCCAUGGCAUUCAUAAUCAGCGUCAUGCUCAUCGCGGCCAAUCAGAUGCUGAGGAACGGCAUGGAGUAGCUGCGCCCACUGUGAGCGGGGAACAAGCCAGCCUGCAUGUGCAUGCCAGUGGGUGUGGUCAUUUCCCUGUUGAUAGGAAAAGAACUACAAGGAAUAACACUUAAAAUAACCAUCGACAAAGUCCAUUUUAAAAAUGAUUUUUAGUUUUUUUUGAACGAGUGGCACCUCACCACCUGACAUCCAAUGAAACUGUGAAGCCAGCAUGAGGAGUCUUGCAGGACUCCUCCCCCUUUACUCCGUCAGGGACAUUCAAGGGCUGACAUUACACAUAAUACGCUGUCGUGUCUGUUUCCCUGAUGCAAUAAAAAAAAAAUUGAGUGCAGGAGAUCAGAGCUACUUGCUUUUCCAAGCAGGCCAGAUGUGACUGCAGAUGUGUCACCCACCAGGAAUCUGAUGAGCUACCAAGGCUGCAGUCUGGGCCCUGAAAGGGAAUUAGAGAAGUCCUCGCUGCCACUCAAGUAUCUGUACGCGUCAGGCCACAGCUCCUGCAGCUCCCAGGGUGCUAUGAUACUCCAGCUCUCCGACUUUCUCUUUUCAACUACUGCGUCUGUGGGCUGAAGUGUCGGCAUCAGUUCAUCAGCCCCACACACCAAGCAGUCAAGUGAACAAAAAUGUUAAAUGGUAACUCCAGAAGUGUUGUUUUGCCCUCCUGAUAUUCAUGAAUAAACACAGAAGCUCUGGAAGUUUGGUUUUAGAUUGCCUCUUUCUCCUCAACACUGUUGGGUGAACACUGUUCAAGGUGCAAAGAAAAUAUUUCUGUGUCCUAUUAAAGGGAAAAAAAUCCUCCCUUUCAAUGAUCAAACUUAUAUAUCAUCUCUCGUGGUGUUCAGUGCACUCCAGGAGUUAUUUUGCAAGGUGAUUGAAUUCAACUUUCUCUCAGUCAGCAUCGUUU